GUCUAACAAAACUGUAAGUGGUAUUAUAAAAUCACACAUCAUUUACGUUUAACUGUAACACGGAAGUAGUGUGAUUCUCUUGUCACUUUUUCUCUGAUUAAGGCAGCCAUCAAACUCAGCCAACAAGAUAUUCCGUGACGACCCACAGCAGAGAAGAAAGAGAAUAGAAGGAGAGUAGACUAACCUAUAAUGGUUUACUUUUAUAAAUUUUGACUUGGAUGGAGAGUUGUCUCAUUGGCACUCAUACCGCAUCUUCUUAUAUCUAAGUAUUUUUAGUUUAUCAUGAAGUACGAUGAAUCACUUCCUUAAACUGUAUUACGCAUUCUAUCUGACAAUAAUUAUUAAUUGUACAAGAAGAAAAGUUUAUCAAAAUGAAAAUGUAAAUAUAAAUAGAACUUCAUCAUACUGCAAAGUAUUAAAUACGUCAUUCGUAUGUGAUGGGGAAAAAAACGAUGAAAAGAAUACCAGUUAUUCCGCGCAAUAUCACCAGACUAACUAUACGAAAUGGUAAUUUUUCUCAUGUAAACCGGGAAACGUUUGAUAACGUAGAAAACAGUUCAGUUACAAUUCUGAAACUAAAAAACUGCAUGAUACAAUUCAUAAGUAAAGAUGCUUUCAAAGGGCUCAGCAAAGUGGUUGAAUUUGAUUUGUCCGGUAACAACGGACUUGUUCCUGAAGUUAUUGCUGAGAGUUUACAUAGUCUGUCUGUUUCAAGAAUAAAAAGGCUAUAUUUAACACAUAUGGAAUUGACAAACUUGCCAAAGAACAUGUUUGCCGGGCUUAUAUCGACAAAUGUAUCUGAGAUUUAUCUUAAUAACAAUUUUAUAAAGUCCCUAGAUGGAGAAAUCUUUAGGGAAUUGAUUCACUUGCGCAAGCUAGAUUUGUCAUGGACAGGAAUUUCUGACUUGAACUAUAACUUUACAGGGUUAUCCAGCUUAGAGACGUUGUCACUCUCUGGAACAUGGUUUUCGAAAUUCCCAAUAUUUUGCAAUGGAAACCAGAGCUAUCUUCCGAAUUUGAAGCAACUUGAUUUAGAUUUCAGUAAAAUAGACUCUCUGUAUACUCCUUUGAAGUGUUUAGAUAAUUUAAGAACUCUUAAUUUAAUGGAAUUAUCUCUUCGUCUACUUUACAACAACACCUUUUCAAAGCUGUGGUCUUUGGAAAAGUUAAAUUUGGAUCGACUUGGGUCACAGUUUAGAAAAAUAGAACCUGGAGCUUUUAAUAGUAAAUCCUUAAAAAAUCUGACGUUUUCCGUCACUAGCAGCUUUGCUUUUAAUACCACUAACAUUAGAAAAUUUAAACUCCAAUCACUUUUUUCGAAUUGCAAUCAGUUGGAAUAUCUUGACUUAUCUGAUAAUAGAUUUCAAUUAACUGAAUCUUACUGGUUAAAACUUUUUAAACCAUUGAAACGAUUAAAGGAACUUAGACUAAAAAAUGCAAAAAUUCAAUAUUUACCAACUUUCAAACAAAACGUUUUCCCUGUGUUACAAAAACUUAAUUUAGCUUCAAAUAGAAUAUCAUCGUGGGAAGAAAGUAAACCUUUUAAUGAAAUAAAAUCUUUACAAUUUUUAAAUAUUCGAGGAAACCGUAUUUCUUUAAUCAACAAAACAUCUUUUCCCGAAACAUGGAAUAACGGUAAUGGAUCUUUUAGAACACUUCUGUUAGUGGGUAAUCCGUUUUCUUGUACCUGUGGAAUAGCAUGGCUAAGACAAUGGAUGGAGACAACCGACUCGAAAAACAUAACCACAGACAAAAACAUAUGGAGAUGUUCUAUUUCAAACUCUAAAGUACUGGAAUAUCACCCCAUGCAGACUUUUCCAUGCUUAGUUACAUAUAUUGUAUCUUCGUUGAUGGCUCUCUUAGCAAUAUUAGUGACAUCGUUUAUUUGCUAUAUAUUUAGAUUUCAAAUAAAACUUAAACUCUACCGGUGUAAAUCGAGGAGAGAUGGUUAUAACUUAAUAUCAAACAAAGGAUAUGUCUUUGAUAGUUUCAUAGCAUAUAGUUAUAAAGAUCUCAAUUGGGUAAAAAACCACCUUAUUCCAAAACUUGAGACGCAGCAUCAUCUUCAACUUUGUAUACGUGAUCGUGAUUUCCGACUAGGGACAGUGUUUUCAGAUCACAUAACAGAAAAUAUUGAAGCAAGUAGAACAUUUCUUCUUGUACUGUCAGACAAUUUUGCAAGAGACAAGUGGUGUAAGUUUCAGCUUGACAUUGCAAAUCAUAUUGGGAUUUCUAGAGGAGAUUUGUCUAUUAUACCUAUUAUAUUGAAUGAUAUAAGUUUUAAUUCCUUAAAUGAAUCAAUUUAUAAUGUAAUAAACAACACGGAUUGCAUGGUAUGGUCAGAAGAUGGACCAGCGUCAGAAUUAUUCUGGACAAGAAUAGUAGAGUGUAUUCCUUCAAGUUACUCCAGGAAUGAAAUUCGCGACUCCUCCGCAAGCUUUUCAAUACAGACCUUUGAUUCUGAAAUUCUGACGUAAUAAAAUUAAUUUUCAGGUUAAUUUUAUUUGAUAUUUCAUUGACAAAUUACAAUCUUUCUUCAAAUGUGUGUUGUAAAAGUUUAAAGAUUAUUUAGCUUAUAUAUACUUUCGGGCAUGUAAACGAACUUAUAAAUAAAAAUAUAUAGUAAAAUAUGAAGCAAUAUAUACACCCAGGCACUGGCAGAUGGCAAAAUUCCUGAGUCAGCCAGAAUCGCCACCAUUGCAAAAAAUAUUAUUUAGAAGGAUAAGACAGACACAAGAAGAAAGACGGAGAAACAUAUUUAACUAUUUGAACCAAAUAAAAUAUGCUAUAUAUUCUCUCCAUAAAAAAGACACCACAUUCCAGAUAGAAAAAAAUUAUGUAAAAAAGGAGGUUCAUCAGAGAAGCAGGUUUUCAUUCAGCAGGGAUUUAUUUGUCUCUGACAGGAAAUGUUAUUCUGACUUGGAAGUAUACACAUUGGACCGUAUUGGAAAGGCUCCGACAGCUACAGAGAACAAGAAAAUGGCCACAUACGCCAAAAAAUCGGUAUAGUCUUCAAUGGAGACCGAAAUUGAGGAAAGCGUUACUACAAUCUACAUCUGUCUCGGCAAUUCAGUUGCCAAGACAACCUUUCAAAGGCUAUGUGGAUACUGCUACAGACACACAAAGAGACACGCCAAUGUAUAUGAUUUAGCGGACGGUAAUACUCUACAGCGACGCGAUAGAACACAAAAAUAUAUAUUGUUUUGAAGUCAAUAUCAACACGAAGAAAUGGCUGGGUAUAUACAUACCACCCUCUGUAACUCGCAAGGAUUUUACUUAAUAUUUUACAAAUACCCUUGACAAAAGAAGUGUUAAAUCAUACAUAAAAAGUAGUCAUUUUACUGCACCAGAUGCGCAUUGCGACAAUUAUUGUCUCUUCAGUGAUGCUCUAGACCAAAAUAUUUAAAAAUCGAAGAGCUGAUCAAACCUAAAAUGACCCAAAGUGAAGACAAAUCCGGACAAGGAAUCAGAAAUUUGCAGGAGGGAGAUAUAAUCCUUAAUUCAAAAUCAUUUCUAAAUUUUAUAACAGCAAAUACCAAAUAAAUCUGUAAAGGAUGUUGUUUUAUGUGACUUGAAUUUUCAUAUAAAUUUCAUAUUUUCAUAA